UAGUUAGGGCCAUAUUUGCGUUGAUCAUCACCAUAUUUGGAUCACCACACGACCAUUAAAUUAAGCAAGUUUGACCCCCUUUUUUCUCCCUCUCUUCUUCAAUCAAACAAUCAUUUCCUUUCUUCCCCCAAUUUCUUUCUUUCACCCGAUGUUAACUUCUAAACAAAUAAUUCAUCAUCAUUUUUCUCAGUUAGUCAAGGCUUCUUUCGUAUAAUCCAUCAUUACAUCCUGUCCUGGCUGGUUCUUUUUCAUCUUUAGAGAUUCUGAGACAAUAUGGGUGGUACGGAUGAUAAAGAAGCACCGCCAUCUGGAUCUGCAGUUCAUGAUGAUGCUGCAUCCGAAUCUUCUUGUUAUGCAACCGAUGAAGAAGACACCCAAAUACAUUUGGGUCCCAAGAUUAGCAUCAGAGAGCAUCUUGAAAAAGACAAGGAUGAUGAGAGCUUGAGGAGGUGGAAAGAGCAACUUCUUGGAAGCGUUGAUGCCGCUCAAGUCGAAGAAGUCCAAGAACCGGAUGUAAAGAUACUGAGCCUUACUAUAGUUUCUCCCGAUAGACCCGAUAUCGUUCUUGAAAUCCCAAAUACCGGGAACCCAAAAGCCCCAUGGUUUACCCUAAAAGAAGGAAGCAAAUAUAAUUUGAAAUUCUCGGUUAAGGUUAGCAAUGACAUAGUUUGUGGGCUAAAGUACACCAACCAUGUCUGGAAAAAGGGCCUCAAGGUUGACAACUCAAAAGAAAUGCUCGGGACCUUCAGCCCGCAACCAGAGCCGUACACACAUGUAAUGCCUGAAGAGGUUACUCCCUCGGGUUUUUUAGCUAGAGGAAAUUAUACUGCAAAAACCAAGUUUGUUGAUGACGAUAAUAAAUGUUACCUGGAGCUUAACUACACUUUUGACAUCCAGAAAGACUGGGCCAAGUAGGAUCCAGAUUGUUGCCGAACCGAUUUAUGGUUAUAAUGGAAAUUCCUUUUUCGCGUUCUUUAGGAAAUUUUUGGCUAGUCUGAUGUUACGAUCGCAAGUUAAGGUUUUCUUAACGUCUUUGUGUUUUCCUUCUAGAGUGCAAACACAUUUGUUUUGUUUUUGAUUCUUGCAGUUCAUUUCUUGUUUGUCUUUAUUGACAGGUUUAUAUGUUGUCUUUGAUAUCACUAUAUCUUGUUUAUGCCAAAAAAAUAUAUAAAUGAUCUUAAUUGUUCAA